ACGCCACAAAGUUGCUAUUGUGAUUCCAUAUCGCAAUCGACCAACUCAUUUACCUCUCUUCCUUCAACAUAUGCAUCCAUUCCUUCAGCGCCAGCAACUAGAUUACGGGAUUUACGUUGUAAAUCAGGCGGAUUCAAAUGACUUUAACCGUGCGAUGUUAUUCAACGUUGGAUUUGCUGAGGCAAUAAAAGACGCUAAUUGGGAUUGCUAUAUAUUUCAUGACGUGGAUCUUUUACCAGAAGACGACAGGAAUCUGUAUACUUGCCCUGAAAUUCCUCGACACAUGUCAGUGGCUGUGAGCACCAAGAAGUAUAUACUUCCUUAUUUCAGAAUGUUUGGCGGAGUAGUGGCACUUACAAAAUCUCACUUAUUUAAGGUCAACGGGUUUUCUAACCAGUUUUGGGGCUGGGGAGGUGAGGAUGAUGACAUGGCAAAUCGGAUAUUUCAUUUUGGGAUGAACAUCUCACGAUAUAGUGAAGAAAUUGCCAGAUACAAGAUGUCAAAACAUAAGAAAGAGAAACCCAGUAAGACUCGAUUUCAAUCCUUAUCGAAAGGACGAAGAAGCUUCAACACGGACGGAUUCAAUAAUCUCAAUUACCGGUUGAUGAGUAAAGACCUUGUUCCUCUUUGGACAAAUCUUGAUGUAAUUUUGGAUCACGUUGAGCCUGCCCCCAAGGUCUAAGCCGGCCAAGAUUCAACGAUUAUUUCUCGACAUUUAACCUUCUAGAUUUCAUUAUUUCUGCGUUGUCUUUAUUACUUUUAUGUGAAAUUAAAAUAUGGCCCCGUUACUGCCCGUGCUUCGA